UAGUUCGUUAUAUCAAUAUGGAUCACAGCAGUAAUAGAACGGUGCUUCUCGCUCUACUGAGUGUUUUGCUUAUCAGUGGAACUCAAAGUGGCAAUAUACUCGGAGUAUUUCCUAGUCUAAGUCCCUCGCAUUUAAUUGUACAAUUGGCGAUGGCAAAUGUUUUGGCCGAAAAUGGUCAUAAUGUGACCGUAAUAACGGCUCUGAAACCUCCUGUCACUUAUAAGAACAUCACCGUUGUGCAGGUUCCCAUGAGCGAAGAGGAUCACAAACAAACAAGUGCAAUAUUUGCCCAAUUUGCCAGCCAGGAUAAUAGCAACCUAUUAGUGACCAUGUACCGCUCAAUGGGACAAAUGAAAUUUAUGAUGGACAAAAUGCGGGAUGUACUGAAAGAUCAGCGUGUGACGGAUCUUUACGAAAAUAAAGAUAACAAGUUCGAUCUGGUUAUGUUGGGCUACUUCCUCAACUCUUAUCAACUGGGCAUUGCGCAUAAAUUCAAAGCUCCCGUUGUGAUAGCGGCCUCAAUGCCGCCCAUCGAAAUCUUUAACAAUGUUAUUGGUAAUCCUUCAGCUUCUUCCUUUGUGCCUGCAAUGAAUAUGGCAGUCGAAAAAGGCCAAAUUAUGACAUUUGUGCAACGAGUUCAAAACUUCCUUACAAAUGUUGCUACUGAAGUAUUUUUUGGAUUUCUAGAAAACUAUAAUGCAAACACAUACAAAGAAGUUUUUGGCGAUGAUCCUAAUAUGCCCGCCUUUGAAGAGUUAGGCAAGAAUGUGUCGCUUACUUUCUUUAGUUCGCAUGCAAUCAGCGAAGGACCCAUCAGACCUAAUGUUCCAGCAGUUAUCGAAGUAGGUGGAAUUCAGAUAAAGGACAAACCCAAUCCUUUACCCAAACAACUUGCCGAGUUCCUUAGUCAAGCUGACAAUGGUGCUAUUCUCCUCUCCUUGGGAUCCAAUGUAAAGAGCUCACACUUAAAAUCUGACACAAACAACAAAAUAUUCAAUGUACUGUCGAAGCUGAAACAACGUAUCAUUUGGAAAUGGGAAGACCUCGAUAAUACUCCCGGCAAAUCGGAUAAUAUUCUAUACUCGAAAUGGCUGCCUCAGGAUGAUAUUUUGGCCCAUCCCAACAUUACACUUUUUAUCACACAUGCGGGAAAAGGAGGCAUAACAGAGGCGCAGUAUCAUGGAAAGCCAAUGUUAGCGCUUCCCAUAUUUGGUGAUCAACCUAGCAAUGCUUUGAGAAUGGUGAAAGAUGGAUUUGGUAUCAGUUUGAGUCUGCUGACUCUUGAGGAAGAGCCCUUCAAAAAGAGUCUGACUGAACUGCUGGAGAAUCCACAGUAUACACAUAAAGUGAAGACUUUCUCCGCUUUAUAUAGGGACAGACCUAUGUCUGCUCGAGAAAGUGUUCUUUACUGGUCUGAGUAUGUGAUGCGUCAUCAUGGAGCACCUCAUCUGCAGAGCCCUUUGAUGCAAAUGAACUUUAUUGCGUCUAACAACUUGGAUGUGUUUGCCUUGCUUGUAACUGUUUUAAUUGUUUUUAUCUACAUUAGCAAGUUCGUGUUGACUGCGAUAUACAGAAAGUUAAAGGGAAAACCGAAAAAUACUGACAAAAUAAAAAGACAUUAGUUUUAAAUUAUUACGUAAAACUGAU